AGGCCAGUCUACAAAUUAAGAUGGCUGCAGCGAGCGGGAGAAGCGCAUUGGCACUCGUCUCCGUCGUCGUCGUCGCCCUCCUCUCGCCACCAGCAGCAGCUCAUGAGUUGUCCGUGGACUUCCACGCGGCGUCAUGCCCGCAGUUGAUGCCCAUUGUGCGCUCCUCCGUGCAGGCGGCGCUCCAGCAGGAGAUCGCCCUCGCCGCCGGCCUCCUCCGCAUCUUCUUCCACGACUGCUUCCCGCAGGGGUGCGACGCGUCGGUGUAUCUGAGGGGAGGCACAAGCUCGGAGCAGGGCAUGGGGCCUAACCUCACCCUACAGCCGCGGGCGCUGCAGCUGGUGGAGGACAUCCGCGCCAAGGUGCACGCGGCAUGCGGACCCACCGUCUCCUGCGCCGACAUCUCCGCGCUCGCCACCCGCGACGCCGUCGUCCUCUCCGGGGGCCCCUCCUACGAGCCCUCCCUCGGCCAGCAAGACAGCCUCACCCCGGCCUCGGGGAACCUGGUCGGCGAUCUCCCGGGGCCGAACACCGCCAGCGUCCAGGAACUCCUCGACCUAUUCGGCAGCAGGGGCCUGGCAGAGGCCGCCGACCUGGUGGCGCUCUCCGGCGGCCACACCGUCGGGAGGGCACGCUGCGACUUCUUCCAGGACCGGGCGAUGCGGCGAGACGACACCUUCUCCAAGAAGCUGGCGGUGAACUGCAGCAAGGACCCCAACCGGCUGCAGAACCUGGACGUGAUCACGCCCGACGCCUUCGACAACGCCUACUACAUUGCGCUCACCAACAACCAGGGCGUCUUCACCUCCGACAUGGCGCUCGUCAAGGACCCCAAAACCAGGCCCAUCGUCCGCCAGUUCGCCGCCGACAAGGCCGCAUUCUUCACCCAGUUCGCCAAGUCCAUGGUCAAGCUCAGCCAGGUCCCGAGGCUCGACGGGAACCGAGGCGAGAUCCGCCGCAGCUGCUUCAGGACCAACGGCCAGAGCCUCGUCGACGCCACCGCCACCGACGACGCCCAGGGCUUCGCCGCUUCUGCUUGAUACGUAGAUUUAUCGCACUCUGUCGCGGCCGUCCGUCGUCGUUAUCGACAAAUUAGCUAGGGACCUACGUGCUAAUUGACGCAAAGCUAGCUAGCUAGCUUAGCUUAAUUAUCUUAAUUACUGUACUGUAGUCGAUCUGUUUGGUCUGCAGGGCUUGUGCCUUGCCUCUUUGUAUGUUCCCUUACGGCCGUGCAAUAAAAACACUACUCUUUAUCUUUCAAAACGACACCACAUCAUUUCAA